CUUUAAGCUUCAGGACUAUUUUUCCCAUAACCCCUCUGUUUAUCACGUGGAACAGCCCACAUGACUGAGUCACAUGACCAAAAAUGGCCGCGUUAACAGAGGAGUAUUUUGACGCCUUUCAGUUGCUUUUAAAGGCGCCUUCCAAGGACGCAGUGAGGCAGCUCUGCAGGGACAGCUUCUCCACCGGAGCUCCGGAGUCCCGGCGACUCGCUGACGAGGCGGCCGAAACCCUGUCGGUGUCCGUUGGUGAGGCUCAGCAGCUUCUCAGGGCUCUGCACGCCCUCACCCGUCACGUGCUGUUCCACAGCUUAACGACCCCCGAGCAAAUCCUUGCGUUGUUCCCUGAUGCUUUCCAUCCCAACUUGAAAAAUCUAAUGACUAAGAUCCUUCUAGAGCACAGCCCUGCAUGGAGGAAUGAAGCUCUUGCUAAUCAAAUUUCACUUCCCCGGCUGCUGGAGAUGGACUGGGGGGUGGAUAUGAAGACCUGUUCUGAUUCUGCUGGCCGCAUGGCUGUACCCAGCUGCCUGCUCCACAUGAAAGUUCAAGAUGCUCAGGCCCCUGGAGAUGGCAGUGUGAGCCCCCUCUCCUCAGUAACUGUGGAGCUGAGCCGGGAGACACUGGACACCAUGCUGGACGGCCUGAGCCGCAUUCGAGAUCAGCUGUCUGUGGUGGCCAGCAAAUAGCUUCUGAGACCAAGCCUGACCUUGCACUUCCCUAGGGAGGAACCACCAGCUCUCUGCCAGGACGUGCUAAAUCCACAGAGCACCUCACAGGGGUAGAACUGUAAAUACCAGUCAUUAAUGCAAGGUGCAAGUGGAACCAGAGAUGGAACCUGACUAGACAAAGGAGGAUUCACAGUCUGUCAGCCUGAAACACCAUCCAAUAUACUGUUGAUAGGUUAAAAAGUGUUUCCUUUUGUUUUUUCUAUAGCAUUUACUUAGAGUAGUGUUUCCCAAUCCGGUCCUCAGGGACCCACAAACAGUUCACGUUUUUGCUCCUUCCCAGUGCCCGAGGGAGCAAAAACGUGAACUGUUUGUGGGUUCCUGAGGACCGGAUUGAGCAACAAUUAUUUGGAGGUAUUAAACUGUGAAGAGAAAUGUGUAUCAUGUUCAUAUCUUUUUACAGGAAAAAUGGAAUAACAAUGUAGGAUUGCUUUCUGUAAUGCUUUUUAAAUCUGGUAGAUGUAUCCAUCUUUUACAGUCUGUCCCUUUGAUAGCUGACAGACCGCUAAUGUACAGCAGUCCAAUGAAACACCUGAAAACAUGCACGAAAUUUGUAGGACUCGAGUUCUCACACCGGUCUGUCUGAAUUCAGUAUAUUGUAGCAUGGGUUAGUGGUCAUCAUGUUUAAUUGCGGUUAAAUGGGGCACAGACCUACAUGCAGUCAGGCAAAAGAAGACUUAUGUAUGGGUUAGAGAAAUAACAUCAAAAUAUAAUAAAUAUCUAUAUAACGUGUUUUUUUCCAUCGAAGCAAAGACGCAUUAACUAAAUGGUUAGUCAUGUCCAGUAGCACACUGCCAUCUAUUGGGAAUAUCCGGCUAUUGCGCUUUUAUAUUUAUAUAAACCGUUUGUCUUUAUUGCCC